AUGCAUUGGACAGCCCAUACGCAUUUUCUGCUUUCAGCCCUUCUCAGCAAUGGCUUUACGGCACAAGCACAGCAGGGUGGCGCUGAUGCCGAUCCCUAUGCGCCCGUUUACACAAAUUGUCCAUCGAACUUGAGAAUCCGCGAUCCCUCGGAUGGUCUUUCGAAGGAAGAGAGCGCCUGGAGACAACAACGAGGAAAGCAGAUGAUCCCCAAUCUUGAAGACUACCUCAAGUUGGCCAACAUUUCCGACUUUGACGUGUCAAGUUUCAUCAAGAAGCUCAAACCAACCAAUGUUCCCAUUGUUGGUCUUUCGGUCUCUGGUGGCGGUACGCAAUCUGGCCUUGGAGGUCUGGGCAUCUGGCAAGCGUACGACGCUCGAUCUGACGCCGCCGUCGCGGCUCGCACUGGAGGCUUGACCCAGCUGCUGUCUUAUAUCACGGGUCUAAGCGGAGGUGGCACCGUGACUGUUUCGUUACUUGCCGCAAAUAAUUUCAGCACAACGGAGGCUCUGCAAAAAGUCACCAACUUCUCGGCUGCUUAUGCCUCUGGGCCUAAUGGAGACCAGGAGGCGUUUCUCAAAGAAAUCUUCGAAAACACUGGAGCCAAGGCCGAAGCUGGUUUCCCCGUCUCUGUAGGCGACACCUUUGGACAGUUCUGGGGAACUUGGCUUCCAGAAGAUCAGCUCUUCAGCAACUACUCUGACAUCGCCGCAAACGGCACCGCAUUCAACCUCGGAGAUGCACCCAUGCCAAUCUUGGCCCUUGCAGAAGUCAUCCCCGGCAAAUCCCCAGAGAUUGGCAAACUCAUGUAUCCCGGCUUCAAUCUGACCAACGGCUUCAACCUCACGGCUUACGAAGUCACACCAUUCGAGUUUGGAAGCUGGCUCGGAGGCAGAGUCCAAGCCUUCAUCCCAACAGAGUGGCUUGGAACAGCCAUGUCUAAGGGCAAAGCGCAAAACUCGAGUGAGUGCGUUCAGGGAUUCGACAAGCUUACUCUCAUGCAGGGGACAACAGCCAAUGCGUUUACUGCUUGGUUCAUUGAUACGUUUUACGACAUCCCGGUUUUCGCAAAGAGAGAUUUGCAAGAGAGGCAGACGGUGAAUAAUGAUAUCAAUGAUAUUCCUAUUCCUGAGGAUCAGUACGACAAUCCGCUUGUUCAGUUGGUGAAUGAGACGGCUGAAUACUUUGAUCUCACAUUCAACCAAUCGUUGUGGUCUACGUUCCCCAACCCAUUUGAGGAUUACAACAAUGAUAUGAAGGGCGUCUCGGAGCUGCUUCUCGUGGAUGGCAGUCUCACGGGAGAGACUAAUCCCCUUCGACCUCUGAUCAUCCCCGACCGCAAGCUUGACUUAAUCAUCGUGUACGAAGCCUCAUCUGACUCCAUCGUGAACGAUUGGGUCAACGGAACCAAUCUGAUCAACACUGCCCUUUCUGCCAAGGAGGGAAACAUACCCUUCCCCGACAUUCCAGACGUCAACACCAUGGUCGCCCAGAACCUCACCAAGCAACCAACCUUUUUCGGUUGCAACGCCACGAAGGACACACCUCUACUUCUCUACCUUCCCAACGCUCCAUGGACUGGCUACACCAACUACUCCUACACCCUAGACCAAUUCACAGACGAGCAACUCGACAUUGCCUUUGACAAUGCGUUCCAGAUCGCCACGUAUGGAAACGGCACUGUUGAUCCCGACUGGCCGGCUUGUCUUGCGUGUGCUGCUAUCAAGGGAGCGCUUCAGCGCACAAACACGAAGCUGCCUUCUCAGUGUCAGGAGUGUUUUGAUAGACAUUGCUGGAAUGGCACGACAAGUUCCAGGGAGGCCACAGCUGCUGAUUUUGACUUGAGGCCGCGGUUAAAUUCCAGUUUGACGUAUGAGGAGUGGAACAAGACGGAAUGGUCUGCAGGAUCGGCGAACAGUACUAACGGCAAGGAUGAUGAUUCUGCGGGAUCCAGGGUCAUGGGAAGCUUUGUUGGGGUGUCUUUGUCUGUCUUUCUGAUGGCUGCUCUGCUCAUUUAG